AUGGCAACUACAGCUGGCAGUGUCCCCCACUGUGAGCAAGCAAGGGAGUUGUCGGUCUCCCCUGAGGUUUUUAUGAACCACGACAUCAAGGGAAGGACUCCAUUGUCGGACCAGACAGACGGGCCCUAUUGGUGUGCUAUGCGUGCCACAGCGACUGGCAAUUUAGAGCUCCGCAAGCUGAUCGGUAACGGAGACGUCCGAGAUUUUGAGCGUCUCUUAGGAGAAGGUACUAAUAUUCUCACGCGAGCCCUCGAGACACUCGAGAACCCAGCCGAUUCAAAGAAGGCCAUUGUGGACCUGACCUGGGGUAAUAGUCUUCAAAGAUGGCGCGAAGAUCAACACGAACUCGGGCGCGUUCUCCCGAGCAAAGGAAACGGUUUAACGAUGGCAUCAGCCGAAGUGAUUAAAACUCUGUACAUCGAGAACUGGCCUGCGCCAUUGUUGACAAAUAAUACGCUCUUUGGUAUCGGCAUGGUCAACAUGCUGAUUGGAGCACACGACGCGCAGACGCUAUUCGCCAACAUCUGCGUCGACCUCUGUUUCACUUCGAACACUCUUACAUUAAAGUGUUCCUAG